AACCUUACGUAAAUACAUCCAAGACAAAGUAAAUCGAGACGGAAGCAACAUUUACCCAAGACAAUCAAAGACAGUUUUAUUAUUAUUCGCCAAUUACUCCAUAGUUUGCUUUCACAUUCACGCCUUUUUCUUUGAAAACAAAAAAAGAAGUUGCUUUAAUCGUCAGCAAUAAAAUCACCUUAACUGGUUCCCACCUACGAUUAGUACCGUACUCCACCAAACUCCUCCCCCAUAAAUCAAUUCAAGUCCACCCCAAAUUCCUCCAUCCUCUUUAUUUUCCAACUUGCAUUGCAUGCUUCACAUCUUCUUCUAGUACCAUUUUAUUUAAUUCCAUGCUAUACCCUUUCUUUUUAUUUUUCUUUGAAAUAUUAAUUUUAAUUUGUCUCAUUCAUAUAACUUUUUCUUAUAAAUACUACUACAUACUAUUCUUACAUUACAUUCCAUUCUCACCUUCCACACAAAACAUACAUCCAUGGAAUUCCACAAUAACAACCCCUCUCUCCCUCCACACCCAACCCUAAUCGCCAUCGGUCCCGGCCCCUCCUCGCCUCCUAACCACGAUCAUCAUCGAUGUUUCCCGGUCAUGAUCCGCUCAAUAUCAUCCAUCUUAACUAGGUUUCAUGCAGGCUACUUUAGGAUAACAUUGUCCCUAGGAAGCCAAGCGUUACUAUGGAAAAACCUAAUUGAACCUACUAGUCAUAACACUAUUAAUCCAUUAAUACAACAUCUUUUUCAUAGGUUUCACCCUAUUACAUUUGUGUCUUUUUGGGCAUUUUCUCUUGUUGUUCUUGUUUUUCUCUCUUUGGUUUAUCUCUUUCGUUGUAUCUUUCACUUUAACAUGGUCAAGGCCGAGUUCCUUCACCAUGUUGGUGUAAAUUACCUCUUUGCCCCUUGGAUUUCUUGGCUCUUACUCCUUCAGUGUUCGCCGUGGGUUGAUCAAAAGACCGGCGUUUACCUAAGCCUUUGGUGGACUCUUGUUGUUCCGGUGGUUGCUCUUGAUCUCAAGAUUUAUGGCCAAUGGUUCACUACCAAAGGAACAAAGUACAAUCUUACUGCGGUGGCAAACCCAACGAGUCAAAUGAGUGUGAUAGGAAACCUAGUGGGGUCGACAGCGGCGGCACGAAUGGGGUGGAGUGAGACAGCAAUGAUACUAUUCUCCCUAGGAAUGGUACAUUACUUAGUGCUCUUUGUGACUCUCUAUCAAAGGUUGUCGGGGAGCGAUAAGCUCCCGGCAAUGCUUAGACCGGUGUUCUUCCUAUUCUUCGCGGCGCCGGGGGUGGCAAGCUUGGCGUGGGGGUCUAUAUCUGGAAAGUUCGAUACAACUGCGAAGAUGCUAUUCUUUCUAUCUGUCUUCCUCUUCAUGUCUUUGGUAUGCAGGCCAUUACUAUUCAAGAAAGCGAUGAGGAGGUUCAACGUGACAUGGUGGGCAUAUUCGUUCCCAAUCACGGUGUUAGCAAUAGCUGCCACAGAAUACGCAGAGGAAGUAAAGGGAAAAAUAGCAGAUGUAUUAAUGCUGAUUCUAGCAUCAAUGUCAAUGUUGGUCACUUUCAGUUUGGUCAUACUCACACUAUUCAACUCCAAAAUGCUUUUGCCUGAUAAUGAUCCUUUUUUUAGUUCUAGUGCUGUCACUCCUGUGCCUCAUCAUUUACCUACUAUAGUUACUCGUACAACUCCUUUGGAUAUUCGGCGGAAUUAUUAAAAUUGGAAACAUUUUUUGGAAUUUAA